GUCAGAUGUUGGUGGAGAGAGACGGAGAGUGAACACCCACCCUGGUCGCUUCGUCUUGUCCGUAUCGAACCCUCCUUCUCUCGGCGCCUGCAACAAGGCACUUCACCGCUCCUCCGGCCGUCUAGCUGCUGGGCGGACCUGUUUUUCAAACGCACAUUUAGCGCCUUGUAACCGCAGUUUUUUUUUUUUUUUCCCCCGGAGCUGUCAAAGUAGAAGCAGCGAGAGACAGGGGAGCGACAUGGCCACGACAACCUGUACGCGAUUCACAGACGAGUAUCAGCUAUACGAGGAGCUGGGGAAGGGAGCCUUUUCAGUGGUGCGCAGGUGUGUUAAGCUGUGUACAGGACAGGAGUAUGCUGCAAAAAUAAUCAACACCAAAAAGUUAUCUGCAAGAGAUCACCAGAAGUUGGAGCGAGAGGCUCGGAUUUGUCGCCUCUUGAAACACCCCAACAUCGUUCGCCUUCAUGACAGUAUAUCAGAGGAGGGCUUCCACUACCUCCUGUUUGACUUGGUGACCGGAGGUGAACUGUUUGAGGACAUCGUAGCCAGAGAGUAUUACAGCGAGGCCGACGCCAGUCACUGUAUCCAUCAGAUUCUAGACAGUGUCCAUCACAUUCACCAACAUGACAUAGUGCACAGAGACCUGAAGCCAGAGAACCUGCUCCUGGCAAGCAAAUGUAAGAAUGCCGCAGUGAAGCUGGCUGACUUUGGCCUAGCCAUUGAGGUGCAGGGGGAUCAGCAGGCCUGGUUUGGAUUUGCUGGCACACCGGGAUACCUGUCCCCUGAGGUACUGAGGAAGGAGGCAUAUGGCAAACCUGUGGACAUCUGGGCCUGCGGGGUGAUCCUCUACAUCCUGCUGGUGGGUUACCCUCCUUUCUGGGAUGAGGACCAGCACAAGCUGUACCAGCAGAUCAAGGCUGGGGCUUACGAUUUCCCUUCCCCAGAGUGGGACACAGUCACCCCAGAGGCCAAAAACCUGAUCAACCAGAUGCUGACCAUCAACCCAGCCAAGAGGAUCACUGCUCAGGAGGCCCUCAAGCACCCAUGGGUCUGCCAACGGUCCACAGUGGCAUCUAUGAUGCACAGACAGGAGACGGUGGAGUGCCUGAAGAAAUUCAACGCCAGAAGGAAACUGAAGGGAGCCAUUCUUACCACCAUGCUGGUUUCUCGAAAUUUCUCUGCAGCUAAGACCUUGCUCAACAAAAAAGCAGAUGUCAAGAAACGCAAGUCCAGCUCUACUGUCCAGUACAUGGAAUCAUCAGAUAGCAGCAACACCACUGUGGAGGAUGAAGAUGUGAAAGGGAAGAGCUUAGACAACAGCUCGCUUAAGGCGCAGUCCAGCACAAGCUCCCAGCCUGAUAGCUCUCAGGGCUCCUCAGCUGCUGUGUACUCUGCCACAAAGUUUGCUGACCUGCUGGGCUCAGUGCGUAGGGGCUCAGGGCCCACUUCUGACGGGGAAGGGAGAUCCAGCACUCCACCUCCUGCUGUCCUCUCUGCCCCCUCCCCUCCACACACCCCUGUUGUCCCAAUGCAGACACGCAAACAAGAAAUUAUCAAGAUCACUGAGCAGCUGAUAGAGGCUAUCAACAAUGGAGACUUUGAGGCAUACGCUAAGAUCUGUGACCCAGGACUGACCUCGUUUGAGCCGGAGGCGCUGGGGAACCUGGUGGAGGGGAUGGACUUCCACAGAUUCUACUUUGAGAACCUUUUGGCUAAGAACAGCAAGCCCAUCCACACUACCAUCUUGAACCCCCACGUCCACCUGAUCGGCGAGGACGCGGCAUGCAUCGCUUACAUCCGCCUGACUCAGUUUGUCGAUGGCCAAGGUCGGCCGCGGUCCAGCCAGUCAGAGGAAACUCGCGUCUGGCAUCGCAGAGAUAGCAAGUGGCAGAACAUCCACUUCCACUGCUCAGGCGCACCAGCUGCUCCACUCCAGUGAGGGUUGAACGCCAUAGCUGUUUCAGAAGUGCUCUGCUGGAGAGAGAGAGGAAGAGGAGAAGGGAUGAAAGACCAAGUCCAGUGUCAGUUUGGGAACAGGGCUCCUCACCCUUCACCAACAAACUUCCCUCACUGGACACCCAUCCUCAACCCCCAGCAUGCAUCUCUUCUUUUACUACUACUCCCCCCGUCUGUCACCUGCCCUACAACAUCUUCCGACAACCAUCAAACAAAAUCAACUGGACGUCCAACGCUCCCCCCCCCCCCCCCCCCCCCCCCCCCCCCCCCGGCUUCCUCUUCCUCCCUCCGGCACACUGGGUGAUUUGCGGGGUGGGGGUGUUUUCAGCACUCUGUGUGAUUCCUUCUUCCUCUGGUCUCUCUCUUGUGACACCAACCCUCUUGUCCUCCUGUGAAUCCACACUUGUGUGACAUAAACACUGCACUGGGAAUACAGUAUGUAAAGUUUUAAGUAAAAUCUGUUAUUAUCAUUGUUAUUACGAUGAGUAUUAUUAUUAUUAUUACACAUUUGCAAUUGUAUAUGUCAUUUGUAUAAUUCUAAAUUCUUGAUGCCAGUGGUUUCUGGAGUUGAAGGAAUUUUUUUUGUUUUGUUUUGUUUAUCUAUCUUUUUAAGGAAGCAUGUUUUUUUUCCCCAUAUUAACAGUGGCUGUUUUUAUUGUGGCUAUUAUGUGGAAAAUGAUAUUGGCAGUUUUUGUAAUUUGCUUGUAUGUUAGCUAUAAUACUGCGCGCAAACUCAUGGUCAGCUUGUUUUUUAUUUGUUUUAGGGUUUUAUUUUCUUAAAUUUUUUUAGUUUAUUCCUUUUUUUUGUCUUUUUUUUUUAUUUUUUUUUUUUUUGGAAGGGGUGUGUCUGAUGGUGUCAUGUGUUCAUGUAGAUAGUGUGUGUGUGCGUGUGUGUGUGUGACUGUGUACUUUGUGCUAGUCCAAACAUAAUAACUGUGGGGUUAACAGUUGGGGGAACCGCUUGUUCUUACAUCAUUGCGGAGUAAGAGUUAGCUAAGCUGAGUGUCUUCCUGCAUCAAAACAUGAACAUUUCAAACAUACAAAACAAGCAUGCAAUAUGAGUUUUACCUUGAAUUUACUUUUCCAUCUUCAUGUGUAACACUUUAAUCCUAGAGUUUAAUCCCCAUUUGUAUUUUCCAUGCUGUAACAAGAAAAACAUCCGGUCCAGAGAGGAAAUAUUAUAGGCGACAACAAUGAAAAAAAUUCAUUUAAAGGAACCAUUAGAUUUUUUUAUUAUUUUUUGGGGUGAGAUCUUUUGAUCUAGUUUCUGCUUUAAUUGAGCACAGUUUUAUUGAUAGAUAGAAUAGGCUGCAUGUAUACUAGUCCCAGUCCUGUUUUAAUGUAAACCGAGGAUUAUUUUAAGACUGAUCUUUGACUAGAGAAACCUCAAUAGGUUUAACUGGACGUUAAGGCAUUGAAAUAACAUUGUGUUAAGAAACCACAGACCAUUUUGAACAAAUUCAAGGCCGUCUUCUUAAAAUACUCAAAUCUCAGCUGUAGUAUAAGAAAUUGAAUUCAUCCUAAUCCGCUUCUUAUGAAAUAGAAAAAGCGCAACACUUGUUAAAUUACUAAAUGCGUCAACGUUUCGUCAAGUAUUUAUGUCUCCCACUAAGACUCUAAAAAACAUUUAACUGCUUAAUAAAACUCUGAACAAAUGUGAAAGGACAAAAAAAAUCAAAAUCUAAUGUUAUUUCUUAUUAAACCAACAUAGCACCUUGUGAUAGUAUAAGAAACUCUUCUUGUUAAUCUGAAAUCAUUUGGUAUGUCAUAAUAACAAGAUAAAUAUGUCGAACUGUUACAUUUAAGUAGCACUGUCGCCUCACAGCAAGAAGGUCGUGGGUUCUCCCCGGGUGCUCCGGCUUCCUCCCACCAUCCAAAGUCAUGCAGGCUAGAUUAA